CAAUUUUUAAAAUAAUAAAUGCGAACAGACCUAGUAACUAUUUUUAUUCGUCAUUUGUUAAAAACACAUCAUGCAAAACAUGUUAGGUCUUGAAUAACUUACUUAAAUUAUAAGCAACUCAACAUUAACAAGUCAAAAAGUUAGGGAAACACAUAAAUUCUGCAUAAAACGAAACGCACCCAGCUUUACUCACAACUCUGGUAACCCGUCACAAAUAUGGCAACACCGAAGCGCGGGAACACUCAAACCGUGACCUCCUUUCCUACCCCGUCGCCCCAAAGUCGGCACGAGGGCGCAGCCACGAUACCUUAUCGUAUCGACCCGCCCGCCGCCAUUAGCACGCAUGCGCAAAAAUAUGCGGAAUAAUCUGACGUUUCAGCCAGUACCACGGCCAAAAUCCACACGACCUGUAAAUAAAACUGUAAAUAUUCCAAAUUUAAAUAAGUGACUGUGAUUCGAAUGUUUUCAAAAAUCGAAGUUUUUGGUGAUUUCUGAACGGGAGGUAGUUGUAAGGCACAAUGAUCGACCCGAGCUCAUCGGAAGAGGACAGCGAGGAUGAACACAAGAAGCAGCCCACCAACAAACUACAGCCUGUGGCUCCACCUGGCUCGUUGGCAAGCGGGAGGCCGUCGGUCCGAGGCAAGCCGGAGCUACCUCGCGGGUCCACAGCGGGUCUGCAAGGUGCGAGUCCCCUCACCACCGCCCCGCUCGCCGCGCCCCUCCACCCCGCCACCCGGCAGCGGGAGCAGGCUGCGCUAGCGCCGCCACCACAUGCAUCAUUCUUGCGCAGGACAUCGACCGGGAGCGCGAGCUCCGGGGAGGCGCCGGCGCCGUCGCCGAGUCCUUCUGGGGCCAGCCAUUCGGACAAGGACCAAGACCCUCAGGAAAAGAUUGAAAAGCUAGAAGAGGACAAGAAGCGCCGACUUCAACUGUACGUGUUCGUGUCUCGAUGCAUCGCGCACCCUUUCAACGCUAAACAGCCGACAGACAUGACGCGACGGCAUACCAAGCUCACGCCGCAUCAGUUGGAGACCAUUCAGGCGCGGUUUCAGGCAUUCCUAAAAGGCGAGACCCAGAUCCUCGCGGACGAAGCCUUCCAAAACGCGGUUCAAUCGUACCACGACGUGUUCUUGAAGUCGGAGCGAGUGGAACAGAUGGUCAGAUCAGGAGCUUGCAGCCACCACGACUUUCGCGAGGUCUUCCGGAAUAAUAUCGAGAAGAGAGUCAGGUCUUUGCCAGAAAUCGAUGGAUUAAGUAAAGAAACAGUGUUAACAUCGUGGCUAGCUAAAUUCGACUGUAUCAUGAAAGGAACUGGUGUGCUGGGAGACGAUGAUUCGAAGAGGCCGUCGCGGGCGCAGCAGCAGAGCUUGAACGCGGAGUGCAUCCUGAGCAAGGAGCAGCUGUACGAUAUGUUCCAGCAGAUCCUUGGGGUGAAGAAGUUUGAGCACCAGCUGCUGUUCAACGCGCUGCUUCUGGACUCAGCAGAUGAACAAGCGGCUGCGAUCCGAAGAGAACUGGAUGGAAGAAUGCAGAAAGUCAACGAAAUGGAAAGAAACCGCAAGUUAAUGCCGAAGUUCGUCCUGAAAGAAAUGGAGUCCCUCUACAUCGAAGAGCUGAAGUCCUCGAUCAACCUCCUCAUGGCCAACUUGGAGUCCCUGCCUGUGUCCAAGGGCGGGGCCGACUCCAAAUACGGCCUGCAUAAAAUCAAGCGGUAUAAUCACAGAUCAAACGCCGGGCCAGACCCGAGUCCAAGGUUGAGUAAGCAGCUGUGUUUCAGAUCGCAAGGGUCUCUGGCGAACAAGUUGACAGGCGAGGGCGACGGCGGGGAUGUUGACACUCAGCUGACCAAAAUGGAUGUCGUUCUGACUUUCCAAAUAGAGGUAGUAGUGAUGGAGGUAAAGGGUCUAAAGUCGUUAGCGCCGAACCGGAUAGUGUAUUGUACUAUGGAAGUAGAAGGGGGCGACAAACUGCAGACCGACCAGGCUGAGGCGUCCAAACCGAUGUGGGACACUCAAGGUGACUUUAGUACCACACAGCCCCUACCAGCUGUAAAAGUCAAGUUAUACACGGAGAACCCUGGGGUACUUGCUCUAGAAGAUAAGGAACUGGGAAAAGUGGUCCUAAGACCUACGCCACUUUCUAGUAAGGCCCCAGAAUGGCAUCGCAUGACGGUACCGAAGAACCUCCCUGAUCAAGAUCUGAGGAUCAAAAUAGCGUGUCGGAUGGACAAGCCACUGAACAUGAAACACUGCGGGUACCUCCACGUGAUCGGCAAUGUAUGGAGAAAGUGGAAGCGGCGCUAUAUGGUGUUAGUGCAAGUCAGCCAGUAUACGUUCGCGCUGUGCUCAUACAAGGAUAAGAAGUCGGAACCGGCUGAGAUGAUGCAGUUAGAUGGGUUCACGGUGGACUACAUAGAGCUGGCUAGCGCGCAACUUAUGGUCGGGCAAGAACUGGAAGGCGCCAAGAACUUCAUGAAUGCCGUCCGCGACGGCGAAUCAGUGCUUAUGGGAGUUGGCGACGAGAAUGAGUGCCACUUGUGGGUCAUGGCGCUAUACAGGGCUACGGGGCAGAGCCACAAGCCUACACCCCCUACUACUUCGGAUACGCAUCAUAAGAUCAUGGGAGAUGCAGACAAGGCGCGUAAGCAUGGAAUGGAGGAUUACAUCCAAGCAGAUCCGUGUCAGUACGAUCAUCACCAGCUUUUCUGUACACUGCAGUCCCUAACCCUGAAGUACAGGCUCCAGGAUCCUUACUGCUCAUUGGGCUGGUUCUCCCCCGGCCAAGUCUUCGUGCUAGACGAGUACUGCGCCCGCUAUGGCGUCCGCGGCUGCUUCCGCCAUCUUUGCUACCUCUCCGACCUCCUCGACGUCGCUGAGAGCGCCUCCCAGACCGUGGACCCCACCCUCAUGCAUUACUCCUUCGCCUUCUGCGCCAGCCACGUCCACGGCAACAGGCCCGACGGCGUGGGCAGCAUCACCGUCCAGGAGAAGGAGAAGUUCGCCGAGAUCAAGGAGCGGCUGAAGGCGUUGCUGCAGCAUCAGAUCACCAACUUCAGAUACGCGUUCCCAUUCGGACGACCCGAGGGAGCGUUGAAGGCUACACUAUCAUUGCUGGAGAGAGUUUUGAUGAAGGAUGUAGUAACACCAGUGGCACCAGAAGAGGUCCGUGCUAUGAUACAAACCAGCUUGGAGAACGCAGCGCUACUAAACUAUACACAACUUAGUCAAAAGGCCAACAUCGAAGAGGACUUAAGAGGAGAGACAAUGGUGACACCAGCGAAGAAAUUGGAGGACCUGAUACAUUUAGCAGAGCUGUGUGUGGAUCUGCUUCAACAAAAUGAGGAACACUACGCGGAGGCAUUUGCGUGGUUCUCGGAGCUAUUGGUGGAGCAUGCUGAGAUAUUUUGGGCCCUGUUCGGUGUGGAUAUGGACCGAGUUUUAGCAGAACAACCUCCUGAUACGUGGGAUUCCUUCCCGUUGUUCCAGAUUUUGAACGAUUAUUUGAGAACUGAUGAAAACCUGAAAGGCGGUAGAUUCCAUGAGCACCUACGAGACACGUUUGCCCCACUCGUGGUGCGAUACGUGGACCUGAUGGAGUCCUCCAUAGCACAGAGCCUGCACAAGGGCUUCGAGAAGGAACGAUGGGAGAUUAAAGGCAAUGGUUGUUCAACAAGCGAGGAGCUGUUCUGGAAGCUGGAUGCCCUGCAAUGCUUCAUUCGGGACCUGCACUGGCCGGAGCCGGAGUUCAGGUCACACCUGGAGCAGAGGCUCAAGCUGAUGGCCAGUGACAUGAUGGAGACUUGUAUCCAGCGGACUGAGUCUUCGUUCCAGUCGUGGUUGAAGAAGAGCAUAACGUUCAUGUCAACGGACUACAUCUUGCCAGCGGAGACUUGUGCCAUGGUCAAUGUGGCAUUAGACGCGAAGAACCAAGCGCUCAAGCUGUGUGCAGUAGAAGGUGUGGAUAUUUACCAAUACCAUGCGAAGAUGGACGCACAGAUCGACUCCUGUCUCCAAGCGAUGGCAACGGGCAUGACAACACGACUGUCAGCCGUACUUGAAGCUACAUUAGCAAAGAUCGCACGAUUUGAUGAGGGGAGUUUGAUCGGCUCUAUACUGACGAUAGCCAACGUGUCAGGAUCAGGCAAGGACAUCGGCCAAGGCUAUGUCAACUUUAUGAGGAAUUCUAUGGACCAAAUCAGAUCGAAGGUGACAGAUGAGCUAUGGAUUCUACAACUGUUCGAACAGUGGUACGGCAUUCAAGUUGGGCUGGUGAACACGUGGCUAACAGAACGGCCUGCGUUACAUCCACAACAGGUCGCGUGCCUUUCUAUAAUUCUGAAGAAAAUGUACAGUGACUUCGAGCUGCAAGGCGUGAUAGACGAUAAACUGAACUCUAAGAUCUACCAAAACGUGGCGUCCCGAAUGCACACUGAGGAGGCCACCUGCAGUUUGCUGCUUGCUCAACAGGACGCUGGGGGCGGAGACGAGGGUUCAGAAGAAGGAUCGAGGAGCGGCAAAUCGAAACUGGAAGCACUCACGGAGGAAGCCAAGCUUGGAAACGUGACCGCUGUGGUUGGGAAGGUUGGCAACAUCUUCGGGCGAGGCAUCGGCGAGCUGUCAUCGAAGAUAGGAGGCGCCUCAUCCUGGUUCUAGCGCCCCACAAGCGUAUUAUUAUUUGCCUACAUCGGCGUAGUGAGAUAAGAAUACAUGCCUUUUACUGCGAAAGGGCCGAUAGCUUGCUGUGAACAUAGAAAUUCUUAUAUAAAGACGGUGAAUCAAAUCUUGGCACUAAAAACUGGCGCGAAAUUCAAAUUUUGUAUGGGAACUAAAUCUUAGCAAUCAUCGCAAUCAAACAUUUACAAUCAAUUUUUUAAGUGUUACAGCUCGUCGAUGAAUUCACUAACCUCAAGGUACACGUUUUAUGAAGACGAUUUUCAAACUUGACGCUUUUUGUUUAGUGCCAAGAUUUGGUUGACCGACUGUCUCUCUGUCGCUCUUAUAUUCUACGAUAGAAAGACAGUGAGAUUCAAUUUUCGCGGUAGGCUUUUUGAACAGAUUGCUGGUUUUCAGCCAGUUGGAUGUCUCAACUCAAUAAAUUAUGAGAGUUUACGCUAACAGAUUGGAACAACAAUUUUUACAUCUGUUGGUGCCUUUACUGUUGGUCUGUUUGAUUUUUUUAAUUGGCAACAUUAAAACCCGAUUCCGAGUUUACAUGAGGGUAGUACCUAAACAAUGAACUACGCAUGUACGAUUAAUAUCACAAGAUGGAAUCAAUACAUUUAAAGUUGUCAGUUUAAAAAAUUCAUCGACUUAUCACAGUAACCUGUUUAAGAAAUGCUUGAGCUGAUGGUUUUGCAUUUGAUGCCUAAGUACUUACCAUCCGUAAAUAUCUAAAAUUCUGAAAUCUUUGCCCAUUCAGAAUUUGCUAGUCUAAAAAUGCAAAAUUGAUCAAAUCAAUCAUUUUCUCCCGUCGGUAGUAAAAAGCUUAAAACUAUUCUGUGAUGAUGAAAUAAUUUGGUUUUGCUUUCGAUUUUUAGAGUUUUCGCCAUUUUUAAUAACCAAAUGGCAUCUUACGCGCUAGGUAAUAAUUAAGUGGCCAGUCGCAUAUAGCUUAGUGUGAUUUAGUAGGUAUAGUAAUUAUUUUAUAAAAAAGCUUUAUUAUGUACAGUUAGGGUCACCAUUUAUUCAAUACCAUUGUACUAGGUGUGUAUAUUAAGAGUAGUAUUUGAUAACACGAAUGAUAACAAUAAUGAAAUACGAAUGCAUAAAUAGGUAAACACAUGCUACAAUAAGAAAACAUAUCGCGCUUUGGCAAGAGUAUAUUUUAUGUGUUGUAAUUUGUAAAUUACAAUUAUGGUGGCGUUAUUUACAAAAAUAUAACUUUAAAGUAAAAAUAAAUUGUAAUGAGUUUUUGAAAAUAAGGAAUACGAGUGCACGGAGAAUGCUUAUUUUGUUGAUGUCCGAAGCUAUUUUAAAUUUAUUUUCUUGGCCACAAUUGAUUUUAAACCCCAUUCAAUUCAGAUAGUAGAUAUGCCACUUAAAAAGUUUUCAAAUAAUUAGUUAUCAGAUUACCAUCAAUAACUGAACGGUGAAUGGAUUUAAAAAAAAACACUUGUUUGUAAAAGUGGCAUAUCUACUCUUGUAUUAUGUAAUCUGUGUUGCUUAUGCUCCCAAGUAACAUUCAAAAUGCACUGUCUGAGUGAAGUUUCCAAUGCAACUCUUUCUAUACUACUUCAAGAAAACAUAUUUUUCUAAUAGACUUCGUAAUUCACUUUUUACAUCAUUUAUUUAAUCUAGUUCUAAUCUAAUGUUUACCUCAAAAUUUUUGGAAUGCAUUCUUAUAAAAAUAUAAAGGCGCGAGAAUCGUAUUUUUGCUAAACCUACAUAAUGUUGCCAGUUAUUCAAUUUUUACCCCAUUUCGGGGUAACGAUGUUUUUAUAAAAAUGCAUGAUUAAAUUGAAAGUUAGUCACUGUUUGCUAUAGUACUAUUUCUCUAUAGUUUAAUGCUCUAAUCUAUUAAAAUAUCUAGUGACUACACUUUACCUUGACUUAGUCAUCGAUAUAACUAUUUAUAAAUGAAUAUGUAUAACAUUAUAGUUAUUUGUUGACAAAAUAAUAUUCUUCUACGCUAAACACCUUACAAAUUUUUAAACUAGGUGAAAAAUGUAAAGUUCUUAGAUAAACUUAAAGUAAAUGAUAUAGCGAGUAGUCGCUAUACUGAGCCUUAUUACUAACGGGCGACUAACGGGUGUUAUUUUUAUGUCGCUAAAAUUUAAAUAUGCUUAAAAUUAUUAGAUAUUGAUACUUUUUUGGCUGACAUUUGUAAGACCGAAGAUUAUUAGGAACCGUGAGGAAAGUAAAUCUCUUCUGAGAGCCCUAUGAGGUCCCUGAUAAGGGAUAACAGGAUAUCAUUAUCAUCAUACUCUAAAAUAAUAAAUUUGAACAAAAAUAAUUUUACACAAUAUACCUAGGUACAGUACAUUGUACUAGACCGCAUCACAACAUUGCGAACGGUUGACGAAAAAAGUAUCAGUUUUUGAAAAACUUUAUAAAAAAAUAUCCAUCUUAUAAUCACCGAAGAAUAGCAUCUGAGAGUCGCCCAUUGCUUAUUACUCGUACUGUUGCGGAAGGCUUGAAAAACGCGAUAAGAUGUUGGGGUCGUGUUUAAUGAUUUUCAUUAAGUAUAUCAGUUUUCACCGUUCAUGAUUUAAUCAUUACAUUUAUAUCUUGGCAUCUACACGCAAUAGCUUAAGAUGAGUUUGACAAACUCGUUUUUGCUGCUAGGAAAUGUCGGUUCUAAAAAAUGAUUGGAAUCAUUAUGUGAUGGCAGAAAUUCUAGACUUAGAGCUUGCUUGUAAAUUUGUACUGUAACGACAGCAUCUAGAUGAUGGUUUUCACGCUUCUUGGUUGUCACUAUAAUUGAAUUUCAUUAGAAGACUAGUAUUUAUAUAUUCAUUUGUUAUAAAAUAUUUAUAAUUUUAAAUUGUACGGGAAUGAACACCGAAGGGAUGUGAUUGAAAAUUUUUGUUUUUAUGUUUUAUAACUAGAUGCCAAGAUCGCAGUUGUAUUAAAAGUAAAUUCAUCUGAACAGAUUCGACCAAAUCAUUAGUUUGUUCUCCAAUUAUAGUCAUUAUUAUAACGACCAUUUACAGUAGAAAUGAAUAAUGCUGGCCAGAAACUACAUUUAGCAUUCUGUCGCAAUAAUUCCUUGAUUUUACGCAAUGAGUUUUAAGCGACAAAAUGCAAAAUCAAUCUGGAGGCAGCAACACUAUUUAGUACUGUAAUCGCACAGUAAAUAAUCGACAUUAGGUAAUGUAGUGCUCAUUAUCAAAAAUAUGAAAUAAGAGGAAUAUGUAAAGUAUGUAUUUAUUCACCUUUACAUUUGGCCGGUUUUGUCUUCAUUUCUCUUCUACGAAUGAUGACUAUCUUUCAAAUGUGCAGAACGCAUGCAAUGAUUUAGGAGAUUUAUAUUUUUAACGGCAAAAAAAUUGAGACGUGAUUCAAGUGGCAAACACUGCAAACAGACAGUCACUUCAACAAGUACUUUGUUUAAAUUUACAACUCGUAUAUAGGACAUCAAAGCUGAUAAGGAGAUAAAACAUUUGAUUGUAAAAAUUUUAACGAAAUUAAAUGACAAUCAAAAUGUUAUUAUUAAAUUGUAAAAAAUAUGUAAAAAGUAUGUUUUUAUUGAAUUGAAAAAAAUAUAUGUAGGUACCUAUAUAAUAACUGGUAAUUUAUCUCCAAAUUUAAUUUAUGCGUUCUCACAUUAAAUUAGCUUCGCUAUUUUCCCUCUAGUUUGGAAUCGAGCUCAAUCAAAAAGUAAUUUUUUGUAGUGUAAAUGCAUAUAAAAUUAUAAAACGAGCCGACUGACAAUGUUCGUAGAUUGCUUAUAAUGUAUUAUUUCGCCACGAUAUGGUCGGGAUUCUGUAUGGCGUUUUAAAUUAAUACAGUAAACACUUGUGCCUAUAAGCUUGAAUAAUAAUACUACUGAAUUUGGUGACAGUAGCAACAUUAGAUGAUUUAAAUCUCCUAAAAUGUUAUAAAGCUUUUAGUUGAGAAUAACUAUAAAAUCUAUCUCGUCAACUAUCGUCUUCUGUUUUAUAAACUAAACUACCCAUUCUAAAAUCGUAAUAAUUAUCAUAAGUUCUAAAUUAUAAACUCCUUAGAAAAAAAAUUAGACGUCUACCUAGUAGAAUAGUGGCCUAAAUACUAGGAAUAUUGCUAAAGCUGUUAAGAUGCUUUACGCAUUAGGUAGUAGAUAAAUAACUAUCUAAACCUAAAUUAACUUCUUCGAUCCUAUUUCCUGUUGCCAGAUUGAAGUAGUAUUAGUCAAAAACAGAUUAGAACCAUUCAUAGUGAGUCAUUCUGCGCCAUACCGAGUCUCUGAAAUGCUUCGAAUGCCACCGAGUGUAUCGCGAUUGUAAGGGGAUACAAUAAAAAAUAUUUACAAUAAAAAUGUUUACUGUUUA